ACCAAUGACAGAUCAGCAGCCACUGCAUCCCGACACCCUGCUGCCAUCACCAACAUGAGGAUAUCCUCAGACAAGCUGGGUCCAGAAUCACAACCCACUUUGUCUGUAGGGCAGGCAGGCAGGACAGAUACUUGGAAGAAAAGGUCGCUUCCUGUUUGCUGCACGUGGUCUUCAAACCCGUUCCAGGAAUUGACCUGGCAAAUAUUGACUAGGCUGCCAUGAUCUUCAAACACUAUUUUCCCGUGAGUAGGAGGCGAUGCAGGGCUGAAGACCCAAGGCCCCCAGCCCAGGGACCUCUCCAAUAAAUAAGAGAACUGAGUCCCUUAAAAGAAACAUGCGAUGAUACACUGCUUCUAAGUCUUAAAGGGCAGGCCACUAUUUCAAUUGCUCUGCUUCCCAGCUUCAACGGAAUCUGUUGGUAAGCGGGCCGCGGCAGAGGGGGCAGGACGUGGCCUUGGGAAACUGCCCGCUGUACUUUGACCUGCAAACUGUGUUUCAGCAUAACCGAGGAUGGGACCAGCGUGGCUGUGGCUGCUGGGAGCGGAGAUUCUGGCCUCGGUCCACGGUCAGCCCUUUCCUGCCCGUGGAGAUAAGAACCUGGGGGUGCCUGAAGCCCCCCGGGGUCAGCUGUCAGAGCCUCUCCCCGCCUACCACAAAGUCACACCUACCAUUACCGACUUCGCUCUGCGUUUGUAUAAGCAGCUGGCAGCAGAAACCCCAGGAAACAUCUUCUUCUCUCCUGUGAGCAUCUCCACCACCCUGGCCUUGCUCUCUCUGGGGGCACAAGCUGACACCCCAACUCAGAUCCUGGAGGGCCUCGGCUUCAACCUCACGGAGACCCCAGAAGCCGACAUCCACCAUGGCUUCCAGAGCCUCAUCCACACCCUCGACCUGCCCAGCCCCAAACUGGAACUGAAAGUCAGCAGCUCCCUGUUCAUGGACAAGCAGCUGAAGCCCCAGCAGCGCUUUUUGGACAUCAUCAGGGAGCUGUACGGGGCUUUUGCUUUUUCUGCCAAUUUCACGGAUUCCAAUACAACUAGGAGGCAGAUUAAUGACUACGUGAGAAAGCAAACAUACGGGCAGGUGGUGGACUGCCUGGAGGAGUUCACGCAAGACACGCUCAUGGUUCUCUUGAACUACAUCUUCUUCAAAGCCAAGUGGAAGCAUCCUUUCAAUCGCUACCAGACCCAGAAGCAAGAGAGCUUCUUUGUGGAUGACAGGACCUCUCUCCGCAUCCCCAUGAUGCACCAAAAGGAAAUGCACAGGUUCCUCUAUGACCAGGAGGUGGCUUGCACCGUCCUCCAGAUAGAGUACAGUGGAAACGCCAUGGUCCUGCUGAUCCUCCCUGACCCGGGGAAAAUGGCCCAGGUGGAGGCAGCUCUGCAGCCAGAGACCCUGCGGAAAUGGGACCAAUUGCUCCUGCCCAGCCUGUUGGAUUUGCAUUUGCCAAGGUUUUCAAUUUCGGGAACAUACAACCUAGAAGAGGUCCUUUCCCAUGUUGGUCUCACUGACUUAUUCAACUUCGAAGCUGACUUGUCAGGAAUCACUGGGCAGCUCAACAGAACCAUGUCUAGGGUGUCACACAAAGCGACAGUGGACAUGACUGAGCGGGGAACCGAGGCCGGGGCCGCCUCCAGCCUCCUCUCGCAGGCCCAGUCUCUGACCGCGACAUCCACCCCACAUGCCCAUUUCAACCGGCCUUUCCUGCUCCUCCUUUGGGAGGUGACCACCCAGAGCCUCCUCUUCCUGGGAAAAGUUGUCAACCCAGCUGCAGGGUGACUGUGGUGGGAGGCCAGCGGGUGUCUUGCCCCCUGCCUGAAAAUCAGGAGAGCCAGCCCCAGCCUGCAUCUCGGGGGUGCAGUGGGGACCAGGUAGUCAGGGUGUGAAGAUGCUAAUAAAGUUGAUCUUGGGUUUUGUGAA